AUUUUCUACAGCAACGCAACUAAGAGCAGAAACUUUAGUAGGAACUUUAAAAAGAGUUUUCUUUUCUUUUUAAUAAUUUAUUACCCUGAAAUUAGUUUGUCUAGAGCUAGGUGCUGCACUUUUAUAGCAUUUAGUGCGCUUUUAAUAAGCCUUAAAAAUCUACUUAAAAAAAUAGUUUUUAUACUAGGUUAUACUUAUAACCGCAGCAAGUUUUUAAAGUAA